GAAAAUGGCUUCUGGGGGAGGUCUUGUGGUAGCAGGAGUACAUAUACAUGGGGGAGGACCUGGGUGGACAGCACCUGUUGGGGCUCCUGCUGGAGUGCCUGUCUAUCUCGAAAACAAAGAGGCUUAUUACUUACGUAUGCAUUUGCUUAUAGUAAAAGAGGUAGCCGCCUUGUUAAGGGCACGAUUUGAUUUCGCUGUACCGCCACACCAAAUUCAUACGACGAUACAUAAUUCCAUGAAUAUCUUAAAUUAUGGAAAGAAAAAAAAUCUUCUUAAUAAAACGCAAUGGGGUCUUUUAUUUCCGCAAUAUUAUCCACCUUCUUCUGACACUUUCGACGUUAUUCUCUUAGCUUAUCUACUCAGACACAUCUGUGGACUUAAGUCAAAUUCGAAAUGGUGGGGUGUAACUAACAACAGCAAGAUUCCCGACAUUGUAGUUACUGAGGAAGCUGACAUUGCUCGAUUGAGGAAUUUAAGGAAUUAUAUGCUGCACAAACAAGUUGCUUUAUUAGAGCCGGCAGAAUUUGAAGACAUGUGGGACCUAGCAGAAAAGGCCAUUCUCCGACUUUCUUCAAAGAUGAAUAUGGAUAUUGAAGAUAAGAAGAAGAAACUGGAUGUCUUGAAGAAUAAACAAUUGGAUUCAGUCACAGGAAAACUGACUAAUAAUAAAGAUCACAGUGGUAGCAGUCAACCAAUACUGUCUGUGCAAGAUGAACAGGAAAGUGAACAGAUGUCACAGGAAUAUUCUUGUUUGUAUGACGGUCGCUUAAUAGAGCUUACAGAAAGUACAGUAAGGAACUUAAGAAAUGAAAAUACCGAUGAAAUCGGCAAGGGUUCAUUUGGAAAAGUUUAUGGAAGUGGUCGUCCAUCAAAACGUUUUGGGAUGGAUGUUGUCGUCAAAAAGAUACCUUUAGAUAAUGGACAAGAAAAAUCCGUUAAAAGGGAAAUGAUAGCAUCAAGAAUUGUGCACCCAUUUAUUCUUCCGUUGCUUGCUGCAUCAAUGGUUCAACAGUGUGAUGGGAGAAAAGAGUUUUGGUUUGUCACUCCACGUUGCAGAAAUGGUGACCUUUUCACGGUCCUUAAAGAAUACAGAGAAAACAAGGAUGCAAGAGUGAAACUAAAUGCAGUGAAAAGAGUGAAGAUUAUUUUCCAACUUGCAUUAGCUAUCAAGUACAUUCACACUGCAGUGCGUGGAGUCAGGUACCAAUAAGAUAUAUUUCUUGAAUAUU